AUGGAUCAGCGGGAUGUGGAGACGGGAAAAGGAGACGAACAAUGGGCUGACAGCUCAGCAUGGGGCGUGGUAAGCCCGAUGCAAUAUGCAUUUGCUCAGAUGACCAGCAGUGAAACUCUCCCCCGUCACGAUGCAGCUGAUGUUUUACCGAACAAGCCAACUUCUGCGCUUCUUUCCGGGGUCCUUGUUCAGAAGCCGAUCCCUCCAAUAAUUCCGGACGACAUCAUCGUCAAAGGGCUGAAGGAUUUGUCUGGUUCUGUCCACCACAUCCAUCAUAACUACUGCUUAAAGCCCCUCUCGCUUUCGCGCUUGGCCUCAUCGAGGAGAUAUUUCCGCGAUAGUCGGGCACGUCGUCAGGAGGCGUAUAGUCAUCGCGAAACCAUGGUGUCAUUCUUUUCGACAUUGGACAACGGAGAAGCCAUCUACAUCUCAUUCUGCCUAGUUCGACGGCGGCAUGGGACCAGGAAGGAGCAUAUCCACCGAUUAAGUUGCCGCAGGCCUAGGAACUGUCACUGCAAGUCGGUUGCACAUCCUGACACAGUCCUCGUGACAAUACUGUCGUUGUUAGAACUGCAUUUGCUUUGUUAUCGCUCUUCUACUCAAGAUGAAAGCACAAUUCCCGAGACCGUACGAACCGAUGUGCAACCGCGGCUUGCAUCUGCAGUCGUCCAAGCCUUAGAAGGCCGGCAUGGUCAGUAUGAGAAACGUGAACGUAUCCGCAAGGGAUUCUCGAUCCCCAACGAUCAAAGCCAGCUUGUAGUAUUCGUCAUUCGGUAG